CCUGUGCGUCUGUUCAAGACUGUUUCACUUUGAAAACACAUAAAAGCAGCUGCUCUUCUUUUUCUUCUGUGGUUUGUUUACACCAUCCUUCUUUGACAUCAUCUACUUUUUUCCUCGACCGCAAUUUUUUACCUGUUGCUGCCAACAGGGGAAGAGGAAUUUGGUAAGAUGCUGCCCCGCAGCAGGGAAGACACAAUCAGGAGACAAGGGGACAGCAGUAAAGAAGAAAAGGGACAGGCACAUGACAACCCAACGAGUUCUGGAAUUGACUAUAUCUUUUACAACAAAAGGGGGUUUUGUUUAGUCCGAGUUUUAACUUUCGUUUUCACUUUCGAGAUGACGAUCUGAGCAGCAGCGGUACAAAGUCUCCCGUGACUGAUCACACGGUAAUCCUACUGCAAUCCGGGUUGUCUCUCAGUUCUCACAAUUGUUAAAAUACUUUAUCGAGUUACUAUCAUUUUCAGACGUUUUCUUUGCUUCUUUUUGUGACGGGAAGAGACCGUUUUUUUACCUUCCACUUUCCGGUGCGAGACCACCGAGUCGGGAGACGAUCUGAGCAGCAGAUUUGUGAUAUAGAAGUGAAAGGUCGCCCUCCUGCACUGCCAGCCAGAGUACAUUUUAGGUCAUCUAAAGAAAGUCAUUACCAUGAGUACCGCUGACCAGCUGCUCUGUUGCAUCUUCUCCUGGGUGGAGAAGAGGCGAAGAUGUGCAGACCACCUGGACAAACUGGCCAAUGAACUGGAGUCGUAUCAGAAGGGAGGCGUGGGCGGUCAGUGUGUGGGCAGCUCAGUUGCAGUGGUCGGCGCCGCCUGUCUGAUUGGGUCGGUCCUCACAGGUGGAGUAGCAGCUCCAUUUUUAGGUGCAUUAGGAGCAGCAUACACAGGUACCGGCAUCGCCAUCUCUGUGGUCUCCAAAAUAGUAGAGAGCUUCCUGUCCAACAAAACUCUGACAGAGGCAAAGGAUGUGGAAGAGGAAUGCAACAAGUGUGGGCAGGAAAUUCAGCGUUUGUACAAACUAUUGGAAGAAGAGCAGAUGGAGAAGACCAAGUUUUCCAAUUCGGACGAGCUGGACGACUGCAUCAUGACGGAGAUCAUGAACAGCAUGGCCAGACGGAGUGGACUGAAGUGGCGAUUCAACUACAGAACGUCAGGCCGACCUGGCAUGUCUUUUUCUAAUCAUGGUGAAAUGUUCUGCCAUCGCCGAAGCCUAAUUUUACUCACUGUCACGAUGAUGUGUGGAGUUUUAGGGUUUUUCUGCCUUAGUGCUGGAGGCAAGAAAUCUGCUUCACUGUUCUCUGCUGGGCUUCAGCAACUGGUCAAGGGAGUCGGUGUGUCAGCAGCAAAGGUCGGCUUCAGAGCAGCUGCUAAGCUGGUGGGUGGAACUGUUGGAUUGGCAUUUGCACUUCCUGAGGCCAUCGACAGCUGGACGCAAAUGAUCAAAAAUAAUCACGUGACUAAAGCCAGCCAAUCCCUGCGAGACACAGCCAAUGCCAUUCGAAGAAUGACAAAAUCACUGAUGGAACAGCUGGACCAAAUCAAAAACUAUCUCCAGCAGAUUGAGGAAAAGGAGAAUGAGGAGGAGGUGAAGUUAGCUCAUGUUAAACGCUGUAUUAAGGCGACCAACAGGAGUGCUGCAGACAAGAGCGUCCUCGUAAACUUUGCUGAAGAGAAGUGCAAUGACGACUACUUAGAACUAUGGCUCAGGAGGUCUCAGGACAACAGCAAUGACGACUACUUAGAACUAUGGCUGAGGUCUCAGGACAACGAAGAGGUUUAUCUUGAUCUUCUCAACUUGUUUUCGUGGGUAGUUCAGUGUGUUGAGAAUAGAUGUGAAGAAAAAGAAAAUAAAGAAGACAGCAUCCAGGCUGUGGACAUCACCUUCGUGGCACAUGGAGCAAUCAAAGACAAAACAAUCCCAGCAUCCAGUCUGCUGCCCAUGUCUACGAUUAAGGAUGUGCUCCUGUAUUCUCCCUGGAACUGUAAUAUUACAGCGGAGGCAGUCUAUGGCAUCGCCACUGGACAACUGCAACCGUCACAGAGGGAGUUCCACUGUCUCAAAACAAAAUGCCGCAUAGAUCACAACAGUUCCAGUUCUCCGCAGCAUGUUCCCACUACUUUGCCAAACCACUGGAACUCUAUGAGAAAAAGCAGAAGUGAAAUUCCCAACAUCAAGGUCGGCACUCUCCUGCAAAAGGAAUAUGCCUUGGCAGCAUAUUUAGACCUGACAGAAAGAUAUGGUCGAAAUGGUAGAAGUCGCAUCGUCAUCCCGUUCUGGCUUUGCGGUAAAGAGGUUACACUUCCCUUCUACGUGGUGACUUGGGUGCUUGCGUUGGUGCUGUAUGUCUUCAAGAUGAGAGCCACCGUUCAUCUUGCGGCCUGUCUGGGAGAUCAGUCACAGAACAAGUUCGACAGAAAUUUCUUGGCGACUCAGUACUCCUACACCAUCGACAACACAUAUAUGACACCAUCGAUAAACACACCUAUAACAACACCGACAAACACAUUUAACCCCAGGUACCCUGAGCUGUACCAAGCCCUCCGAGCUAUCUUUAGAUGUUAGAUGAUGGCCACCUGUUCAUCAGGUCCCAGGACAUUAUAGUCCAUGUAGUCAACAAGUAGAGUAGAAUACAGUCCUCACUAAACUCAAGGACAACAAGAAGAAGUCCAGUGAUCCUUAUCCCGUCUUGUCCAACUUCCAUUGUCUCUCGAAUCAUCGACAGAAGAGCAGGAGAAUCCCACAACAACAGUUAAUUCUGUCCUCUCUGAAACAGCGCUCGUCUCCACCCUCCACGCUCCUCCUCACCAGCUGGAGUUCUGACAUUUUUUGUUUUCCCAUUUUUGACACAUUCAGUGUCAGCUCCACCACACCGUCUGCCUCUCCUCCUCCCCCAUCCAGAGCCGAUCUCCCCUUCUGGAACUUUCUUUCCUUUGAUUUUUCUGUAACGGACUUCAUAUCUAAGAAAAUAACGUGUACCAAUUAUCACUAUAUCAUUACUAUUAUUGUUUGGAAUGUUAUUGUAACCAAUUCUAUUGCCACUCAUUUUCAUUUUAUUAAUAAAGCACAGGACAUAACCUUCCAUUGAAAUAUCAA